UUUCGCCUGCCCACAUUUGAGUCAUUCGUUUGUCAAAUAAAUUCUUGUGCAAAAAAUCCCGUUCUGAUAAUACCAAAUCCCGGCUGCAAUUGCGAAGGCGGUUGUGUUGACCCGCGGGUCUGCGCCUGUCUCGACCGAUCCCAAGGGCGCAAUUACGACCCAACUGACAACACGUUGUUGCAGUUGCGAAUUCCGCGACCGAGAUUCGACCGUCCAGUCUACGAAUGCAACGACAGAUGCUCCUGCCGAAAAGAGGCCUGUCGAAAUCGAGUAGUUCAAAAUCAAUGCCAAGACACAAGCGCUCUCUCCACCUUCGAUGCAGGCGCCAAGGGACGAGGUGUGCGUGCUGCGAGCCAUUUUCGUCAAGGCGAAUUCGUGUGUGUUUUCGCCGGCCACUACAUGAAUCACAACAUUGCCGAAGUACACGCACUUGCUGAUAAGCAACUGGAGAAGUGGGAUCAUGCCUAUGUUGUGGCUGUCCAAGAAUUUGUUGCAAAUGAUUGCCCACCCGCCAGCAUCAACAUUGUCAAUGGCGCCCAUGACGUUACAGAUACUCUGACCGAACUACCCCUGAGUAGCCUCAUCAACCACUCCUGUCUCCCCAAUUUGACCAUUUUCCCCAUUCGGACAGAAACUGUUCAGCCAUUGUUGGCGUUUUUCGCAAUUAGCGAUAUUUGGACUGGCCAGGAACUCACCUACGAUUAUUUGGAAAAGUCGCGCGAGAUUAAUGCGUUCUCAGGAAAGGAUUUUCUUUGUGGUAGCCGUAAUUGUCGGGAUACUCACAACGUCCUUGCUCUCUAUUACCAAAAGUGGAUAUUUACGUUGGAGACGAAUAUGUUAACUUGGGUUCAUAAGAACAUCAUUGCCCACAAAUCCCGGCAAACAUAUUGUGACUAUGACGAAAUCUAA